ACAUUGGCCAGAAAGGGGCGGGACCACGAUAUCCAAUGUCAUCAACUAAACGCUUUUGUUGAUCCAUCAAGACAACAGCAAUGCGGAAUAACUCGCGCGUUGGUUUUAAACAACAUGGACGAAUAAGUUCUUAAUAUUUAAUUGAGUUUGUUGGGAUGGCGUGGAAGUAAUCGCAGCGGUGGAGAAAGUGUCGGGUGUCCAGCUUGGAUUGGGAAGGAAUCCCAAGUGAAGAGGAAUCUGAGCCAAGAUGGCGGGAGACUGGCCCCUUCCCUCGGCCUCAAUCUUCUUCAUGCUCCUUCUGGGUGUGCGUGUCCGGGCCGUCGAGUCGUGUCCGGCUCCUUGCUCCUGCUCCACGGGCCCAGACGGGCACCUCGUCCUGGACUGCAACAGGAAUAGGUUGUCGGCGGCUCCCUUGGAUCUUCCGGACGGCAUCAGCCAAGUCACAAUGAACCACAAUGACCUGACAGUGAUUCCCUUCCUUGGAGACGGCUCCUACAACAUCACAUCGCUGUCGUUCGAACAUGGAUCCCAACCGAAUGUCAACCAGCAGGUUUCGCUGCCGUCGACUUCCCUGAGACACUGCGCGUCAAUACCUGGCCGUGGACACACGCCUCCGACUAUCAGAAAGAAACAAGCCAGCAUUAGCGACUUGGUACAAAGGAAGGUGUACACACCACAAGUACACAAUCGGAUCUUGGCGCUCUCCGUUCACCAGCUGCAACCGUACGAGUCCCUGGAGACGCUGGACCUGACGUCAAACUCCCUUUCCGAGCUAAAAGCAGGAUCAUUCCCUUCCAUGCAGUUGAAAUAUCUCAAUUUGAGUAAUAACAGGAUCAGUGUGCUGGAGCCCGGCUGCUUUGACAACGUGUCUAGCUCUCUCCUGGUUUUGAAGCUCAACAGGAACAGGUUGACCUCGCUGCCAUCCAAAGUCUUCCGACUGCCCGGUCUUCAGUUUCUUGAACUGAAGCGUAACAAGAUCAAGAUUGUAGACAGCCUGACCUUUAAAGGCAUGGACUCACUGAAGUCACUGAAGAUGCAAAGAAACGGCCUCACCAAGCUCAUGGAUGCAGCCUUUUUUGGACUGAUCAGCAUGGAAGAACUGGAACUGGAACACAACAACCUCACUGAGGUGAACAAAGGUUGGCUAUACGGCUUGCACAUGCUGCGUGUCCUGCGGGUCAGCCAGAACACCCUCGACAUCAUCCGACCAGACGCUUGGGAGUUCUGCCAAAAGCUGCAAGAGCUGGACCUGUCCUUCAAUCAUUUGACCCGGCUGGAGGAGACUGCGUUUGUAGGGUUAGGUCUCCUGGAGAGCCUGAACCUUGGCGAUAACUCCAUCAGCCACCUGGGAGAAAGAGUUUUCAGCAGUCUGAGCAAUCUGCGCACGCUAGACAUCCACAAUAAUGUCAUUUCUUGGGCCAUUGAAGACUCCGUCAGUGUUUUUGAUGGAAUGAAAAGGCUGAACACACUAAUAUUACAGCAGAACAAAAUCAAGUCAAUCACCAAAAAUGCCUUUGAUGGACUUGCUGAGUUGGAGCAUCUGGACCUCAGUAGGAACGACAUCAUGUCAAUACAUCCCGAGGCCUUGCUGCACACCAAGUUGAAAGUCUUCAUCCUCAACACAAGCAGCCUCCUAUGCGACUGCCACAUGCAGUGGCUGGGACCCUGGCUCAGCAACAGCCACUUCCAGCCGCCUGCGUCCGCCGUCUGUGCCCAUCCUGCCAGCCUGCUCGGACGCAAUGUCCUUUCCAUCAGCCCGGCGGUCUUUGUUUGUGACGACUUCCCCAAGCCCAGGAUCAGCACGCAUCCUGAGACGUCUGUGGUGCUCCGUGGCAACAACGUGACUCUUAGCUGCGUGGCGUCCAGCAGCAGUGACUCCCCGAUGAGCACGGCGUGGCGGAAAGACGGGGAGGUACUAUACGACGCCGAGGUGCAAAACUAUGCCCGGUUCCAGGAGGGCGAGCUGAUCUACACCACCGUGCUCCACCUCCUCAGCAUCAACUUCACCGAUGAGGGACGCUACCAGUGCGUAGUGUCCAACCACUUUGGCGCCAACUACUCCAACAAGGCAACGCUCACUGUCAACGAACUGCCAUCCUUCCUCAAGACUCCCAUGGAUCUGACGACCCGCACCGGCAACAAUGCCAGGCUGGAGUGUGCCGCGGAAGGCCACCCCUUCCCGCAGAUCGCCUGGCAGAAAGACGGCGGCAUCGACUUCCCUGCCGCACGGGAGCGCAGGAUGCUUGUGAUGCCCUACGACGACACCUUCUUCAUCACCAGCGUGAAGACGGAAGACAUGGGCGUGUACAGCUGCACCGCGCAGAACGCAGCGGGCAGCGUGUCGGCCAACGCCACGCUCACUGUCCUGGAAACACCUUCAUUUAUUCGGCCCCUUGAAGACAGAACAGUGGCUAGAGGGGAAACAGCCGUGCUUCAGUGCAUCGCCGGCGGCAGCCCCGCACCGCGCCUAAACUGGACCAAAGACGACGGACCUCUUGUACUCACCGAGCGCCACUUCUUCGCUGCAGCCAACCAACUCCUCAUCAUCGUCGACGCCGGCCCCGCCGACGCUGGCAAGUACACCUGCGUCGUGUCCAACACGGUGGGAACAGAGCGCGGCCACGUCUACCUGGGUGUCACGCCGUCGCCCAACUGCGACACCAGCGUGGUGUACAACCAGGACGGCUGGACCACGGUGGGCAUCGUGGUGAUUGUGGUGGUGUGCUGUGUGGUCGGGACUUCGCUAGUCUGGGUCAUCGUCAUUUACCAUAUGCGGAGGAACAACGAAGACUACAGCAUCACAAACACAGAUGAGAUGAAUUUACCAGCAGACAUCCCCAGCUACCUCUCCUCUCAGGGGACUUUGUCAGAACCUCCAGAAGGCUACAGCAGCUCUGAGGCAGGCAGCCACCAGCAGCUCAUGCCUCCUCUCUCCAAUGGAUACGUGCACAAGGGCACUGAGGGUGUGUGCUACGGAGACACGGGCAGCGAAGCAGAAAUGGAAAGUAACGGACGUCUUCACUACCGGGUGGGAUCAUUGUUCACUGGCCACAGCAGCUUCCACCCCUCAGAUGGAACCGCUGCAGAUGCCUCAGGCGCCCCUGAUCCGUUGGUCAUCUGCUCUGACUGCUACGACAACGCCAACAUCUACACUCGCACGCGGGAGUACUGCCCCUACACCUACCUGGGCGAGGACGACCCGCUGGACAAAGACCUGCCGUGCGCGAGGGAGAGUUUCGGUGAGCACGCUGGGCCAGAGGACGCCGCUCUGGAGAGUCUCAUCAGCAAACGGGACUCUUUCAGCCUCCUGACGUCGCAGAACACGAGGCGGAGCAGCCACACUUUGAUGGAAGACUGUGCUACUGACUUCCUCAGCUGGGCAGAAAGGCCCAGGUCCAUGCCUCAGUCGGGGCCCACCGCUCACAGGACACUCCCUCUUGCUGGGGAGGAGGAGGACUGCAGAUCACACUCCAAAAGGACUAACCCCCAGGAGCAACCGGCGCCCACAUAGGUCCGCCCCUCAGACCCCGACCCUUUCUCCUGCACCCACUACCUCCUCCACACUCUGCCAAAGAUGCUCUCCGGAGUGUUUGCGUUCCUCACAGAGUGACCUCGUCACUGGAGAGAACGCCGUGAAUGUAUGCUUUAAGGAUGUUGGCCUGCUUCUACAAGCGCCCUUCUCAAGACCUGUCGUGGUGGGACGUCAUGAACACGCACGGGUAUACCCUCUACCUGGUCCAUGGUGUCACCCAAUAAUCCAGCCCUCCUUUUCCAGCAGAUUAGGCAGUGGUCGGCGUCCAUCUUCUUGUAUUUUCACAUGUUUUCUGUACUGAUCCCGAGCUUACAGGCACUUAACUGACCAUUCAACUCCUGAUCCUGCCGGCGGAUGUGGAAAAAAGGACUGUGAUGAAUGUUUUAUCUGCAUACAUCAUGUAAGUAUAUACUUAUGUAUGUAUGUAUGUAUGUACAGUAUAUGUAUGCCAAGGAUGUCGACCGCUAUUAAAAAAUUGUAUUACAAAUUACACUAAUAAAUAUUUGCCUUGUCACACA